AUGGCUAAACACUGGUCAGUUUCAUCUUUUGUUACCUUGUAUCGCUCCAUUGAGCAAGGUGGUGUGGAUUUGAAUCUUUUGAAAGAAUUGAAACAGGAUCUUAAUGAUCUAACAAUCAUACCCAAGAAAAAUCAAACAAGUAGACAAACAUUAGAAAAGGGUAAAAUCACUAUAGAAGGUGUGGAAUAUGAGGUUAAUGAUGAAUUCAAGAUUGCAGCUGCUACAGUUGCAGAUGAGCUAAAUAUUGAUGAGCUAAUUGCCGCUGAAUUGAUCCAAACAUCAACUGAAUUAGGUGCCGAUUUGAUCGAUAAUGCAAAAGCUUCAUAUUACUUAAGAAAACAACAUAUAUUGUCAGUCGUUUCAUAUAUUUUCAACGCUGGUGAUAAGACACUUUCUGACUUAUUAUUUUCUGAAUCAUUUGUUACUUCAUUACUCAAUUCAUUUAAAGAAAUUCAUGAAGAAUUAGAUAGUAUAUCUCAAUCUGUUCAAAGAGCAAGAAUCUUAGGUCAAUAUAACUCAAAUGAUCUCCAGCAAAGAGUAGCAUUUAGAAGAAAUUUCUUAAAUAAAGAACAUGAAGCUUUAGGUGAAAUAUUAUACGGGUUGGCUUCACAUGGAUUAUUAUCAAAAGCCAAUUUUAUCAAAUUUUAUGAUUUUGUUGCUACAUUUGAUGUCGAUGAUUUAUUUAUCUUACAUUUAGUUCCAGCUUUAUUGUUUUAUGUCUCCAAAUUGAAUAAUUUAAAAGAAGAAGAGGUCAAAGAAUUACAUAGUCAUUUAUUGAAAGAUUUGCAUAAUAAAGAUCAAAUUUAUAAAGUUCCAGCCAAAUUGUUGAUUAUCCUUGUGUUCUUAACAUAUUUCAUUGAUUGGUGUAAACAAAAUUCAAAGAGAGUUGAACAAUUUGAUUUCGAAAUUGCCAUUGAAUCACCAAUGACUAUUGCUGCUCAUAUUGGUGCUAUUGAACAACUUUUGAUCAUAACUGCUGAAACAACAGACAAUGCAUUUGAACUUUUUUAUGAUUUAAGAGCAUUAUUAGAACAAUAUCUCCCAAGAUUAGUACCGAAGAGAGUUUUGGAUAUUAAUGAAGAAGAAACCAAAAAAUUAAGAUCUUCAAACUUGGAUUCUACUUCAACAGUAUAUGUCAUUACCAAAAAUGUCAAAGUUUCAGAUAAUAUCAAGACUCUGUUGACUUCAGUUUUACAUGAUUUUGUUCAAAGUUUCAUUUCAGAUGCUGCUUUCUUAUUAAUCAAAAUCAAAGAUGCCGAAGAAGAUUCACUUUUAUCAGGCGAAGACUCAUUAUUAGAUGAUAUAUCCAAAAAAGCUGAUUUAGAAAGAUUUUACCUUUCUGUAUUUUAUCUAUAUUCCAACAGAGAAGAUCUUAUUUCAACAUUCUGGGAAGAUCGUGAAUCAAAUGCAUAUGGUUUUAUUGAAUGGGCUUCAAAAGUUGAUGAUUUACUAAUGAAGUCAACAUUUUGUGUCAUGAUAUCGGCAUUGGCAUCAGGGAGCUCAAACGCUAAUCAUGUUUAUCAUUUCAUUGCUAGCUCAGAAAAGACACCAUGGUCUUUAAUUUUCACUCAAUUGAAUGCAUAUAUUGAGAAAAUCAUCAAAUUUGAACAAAAUGGUGAUGAUAAUGAUUUAAGUGAGGAAAUUAUCUUAUCAACCUCAUCAUUUUUCACAUUGAUCUAUCAAGUUGCUUCAAAUAAUGAUGUUGUGAAAGAGCUAUUUGAUGAAUCCGUCUUGAACUGCAUUUUCAAUUUUAUUAGAUUAGAUACACCAUUAGUUGGUGCUGCUUUAAAACUUUUAUCAUCUUUAGUUUCAAGCAAUAAAGCUAGAAAAUCAUUUAUUUGGGAAAGAUUAGAUCUUUGGUUAUUUUCACAAGCUUCAACACCUUUAAGGGACUCUUUCAGAAAUUUAUUAAUUACAUUCCCAGACGUUGUUGGAUUUAUUGACCUUCUUGAAGCUUUAUUAAAACCAUCAAAUAAGUUUGGAACAUAUGAACUCCCAUUUCCUGUCAAUUUGGGAUCAUCAUACAGAAAGCAAGGUAUAGCUCCAUACAUUGAAUUUUUAUUAACUGAUGUUUUCUACCAUUCACCUGCUUUGUUUUUUUCAGAAAAGAUGAGCUUACAGGUUCCAAUUUUGAAAAUGAUUGAAUACUGUUUGAAUUCUUUUGAUCCAAGCUUAAUUUUAAAUUCAUUCCCUGCAGGUGCUGAUUUGAAUGCUGUUGUUGAAACUGCUGACUUCCCAACUUUUGUUCAGGCAAACCCUGCUCCAAUUGCAUUGAACUUCUUGUUUCAAGAAAAGGUUCAUAAAGUGCUGUUUGAAAUAGCUUCUACAGGUAUCGAUCAAUUGAGUGAUAAAUUAGAAAAUGAAGAACAAGUCAAACUUGUGGAUCAAGCUUUAAUAAUCCUUGAAAAAGUUUUAGAUUUAGAGGUCACAUAUACAGAUGAGCUACUACCAUUAAUUUUGAAAUCUACAACUUAUUAUAUUCCAGGAAAUUUUGGAACCCAUGGUAUUCGCUCAUUCUAUGAUGCCAUUUUAUUUAAUUUACCUUUGAUUGCUCACAUUUCAUUAUACGUUGGCUCAACACAUUUAAGUAUUGCUGAUAAAUCAAUCAGAUUACUUUCAAGAUUCUCCAAAUCAUCACAAUUUGGUUCUUCAAAUACCAGUGGCUCUUUGAUUGGUAAAAACAGAUUAUUGACUGUUUUGGAAAGUAUUGAUGAAUCUACCAGAAUUAAACAUGCUUUUAUCGAUCAAUUAGAAGCUGAAAUCACUGAUGAGAUCGAUCUGAAACUAAAGAUACAGAUCUUGAACUUCAUCAACUCAAAUUUAUCAUUAUCAUCCAAGUCAUAUACCAUAUCCCAUUUCUUAUUAGGGUUUGACUUGAAGAACAGUAUCACACUUGGUGAUUCUGAAACAGAUACAUUGAUUGCAUCAAAGACAUCUGUGUUAAAGACUUUACUUUACAUUUUAGAGUCAAGUUUACUCACAGUUUCAAAUUACAACAUAGAUUACGCACCAAUUAGACUUGCAGCAAGUGUUUUAGAAAUUUUAUUGAAAUUAUGUCGCAAUUCAGCUACAUCAUCUUUGAUUUUAGAAUACAUUUCUAAUUAUGAUUUGUUGACUAAACUCUUGAAUACACCAAAGGUUGAUUUGAACACUUUAUGGUCAAAUACCAGAUUUGAUGGUUCUGAUACCCAAAAUAAUUUCAGUUCAGGCCCAGGAAUUGGUGCUUUAUUAUCAUUUUUAAACCAAAGAAGUCUUGUGCUACAAUAUUUAAGUUUGGAACUUCAUAGAACAUCAGUUGAAGGCUCCAUUUCUAAAACAUCAUCAUAUAUUACCAAGUUGAUCAGUGGAGAAGCAGGCUAUGUUGGACCACCAAAAGUUUUGGCAUUCUUAGAUAUACUUGAAUUCAACUUAUCAGAAGUUUCAAACCUUCCAGAAGAAUUAUUAUUCUUCAAAGAUGUUGAUCUUAAUAUAAAUUUAAACAAAAUUCCAUUAUCAUUGAAUUCAAAUGAUAGUAUUUUUGACUUGAAAGAUAUUGAUUCAUUAUUAGAUCUGAGCUUAGUUCAAUCAUGGACUCAAGGAACAUAUCAUACUGAUGAUGAUGAGGAAUCAAAAUACAAUGCAGUUAAUGAACUCAAACUGGAAUUGAAAAGAGCAGAUUCAAGAUCUUCACAAUCACUUGUUAAAAUUCCAAAAACCAUAAAGAGUGAUCAAGCUGAUGCUGAAUCUGAAAGAAAAUUGAUCAAAGGUAGAUUCACCAAUUAUUUAGCACAUUUGAAAUUUAAAGCAUACCAACUUUCAGCUUUACACUCAUGGGUUCAAUUGAUUCAAGUUGCAGUGACUGAUGGUAAAUUAGACCCAGUUCAAAGAUCAAAUUUCAUUUUAGAAGUUUUCCAAACUGUCAUUCCAAAAAUUAAUGAUUAUGUUGAAUCAGAUGUUUUAUAUGCUGAAGAAUUAGUCUUCUUAUGUGUUUCAUUAUAUGAUUUGUAUCAUAAAGAUAGACAAAUAAUAGGAAAAGAUGAUUCCAAUGUGUUGGAUGGCUAUGAAAGAUUAUAUCCAUUGUUCAGAGCUUGUAUUAAUGGUAUUUUGAGUCCAAUGUCAACUUUGUCUUUACGUUCAGAUUUAUAUGUCUUAGCUAAUAAAUACCUAACAUGGGUAUUAGAACAACAAGUGGUUGCUAAAGAAAUUUUAAAAUCAAUCAAAUUAUCUAGUGAAAGAUUGAUUACUGUUAUCUGUAACGAUGCUAUUGGUGGUGAAGGCGCUACUAGAAUCACUGGUCUAUUGUUACUAGAAUCAUUAUUCCAAUUAUCCAAUAUUAAUCAAUUGAAUUUUGUCUUGAAUACUCUUGUUAAAAACAAUUUAUUAUUGUUAUUAGUCAAAUCAAUUAAAAGAACAGAUGAAACAUUAACUUUGUCUCACGAAAAUAAAAUUACAUUAGAUUCAUUACUUUAUGAACUUACAGCUUUCAAAGCAACGUUAAGUUUCUUGAUUCGUGUUGCUGAAACUAGACAUGGUGCACAACAAUUAUUACAAGGUGAAAUAUUUCAAACUAUUAAAUCAUGUUCAUUUUUAUUAAUUGAUCCAGAUCUUGGUUUAGAAUUAGUCUUUGAUGAAGCUACUGUUCAAACAUCUACAUUUGUUAGAGUCAAUUUGAACUUGGAUACACCUUUAACUUUCAAUGAUUCAAGUAAUGGUGUUUCUUUGUUUGAGUUAUUAGUUCCAACUUUCCAAUUAGUUGCAGCUAUUUUAUUAAGUACUAGCUCAGAAAACAAACCGGUUAUUCAACAGGUUCAUAAACUUUUGUUACAUUUCAGAAGAUUGAUUGUUGGUGUAUUGAAAAGAGAUGUUUUAGCAGAAUCUAAAUCAGACCAUGAAGUUUACAAGACAAGUGGUGAAACAUCUGGUUUAAAAGAAUUAGUUAAUUUAUUUGUCCUUUUGAGCACACUCACAGGAUUUGACGGUGAAGAUGCCGCAUUUUAA